GGGUUGGUUUGCACUGAGUUGACUGCCUACUUAAAGUCAGAUGGAUUGGACAGCUCUGUGACUCGCCGCGGCUCGGAAUGACAUGAUGUAAUUUGUAAAUAUAUGAAUUACAACAUACUGUGAUCUUUUUCUUUAUCCCAAUUAAAAUGGAUAUAUAUUCGUCUAAGCUGUCCCCCGUACUGGAUAUAGGUGUUGGGGUGUUUCUCAUCGUUAUUGCUGGACUCUCCAUUGUCGGCAACGUCCUGGUCCUCGUCGUGGCUUACAGGCGGUCCUCCAAGAUGAAGCCCCCCGAGAUGCUGAGCAUCAACCUGGCCGUGACGGACCUGGGGGCGGCCAUCUCAAUGUACCCGCUGGCCGCCUUGUCGGCGUGGAACCACCGCUGGCUGGGGGGCGACGGCACCUGCGUCUACUACGGCCUGGUGGGCUUCUUAUUCGGGACGGCCAGCAUCAUGAACCUCACCGUGAUGGCCGUCGUGCGCUUCGCCGUCUCCGUCAAUAACCUGUCACCCAGGGAGCAGAUCAGCCGACGCACAGUGAAGAUACUGUGUGCGUGGAUCUGGCUGUACGCAUUCACCUGGGCCCUGCUCCCCAUCAUCGGUUGGGGAAGGUACGGCCCCGAACCCUUCGGCCUGUCCUGCUCCUUGGCCUGGAGGUGGAUGAAGGUCGAUGGCUUCUCCUUCGUCAUCACCAUAAUGUGCUUCAACCUGGCCUUCCCCUCGCUCAUCAUAGUCACCUGCUACUUCGGCAUCAGUCUCAAGCUCUACUGCACCUACAGGAACUGCAUCAAGGAGGGUCUUCAGAUACCAAACAUUGUCAAGAUGAACCGCCGGCUGCUCAUCAUCGCCAUCUUGAUCAGCGCGAGCUUCAUCGUCAGCUGGACGCCGUACGGCUUGGUGAACCUGUGGUACGUCCUGCGCAGCGGCUACCCCUUGCCUCCGGAGGUCACCCUGCUGCCAUGCCUCUUCGCCAAGUGCGCCACUGUCUACAACCCGCUAAUCUACUACACCUUCAGCAAGAGGUUCAAGCGCGAGGUCAGGCACCUGUUCACACUGUGUUGCAUCGGCAGCAGCCCGUCCCAGGCGGUGGUCAACCAAAGCAGGGACUCUAUGGUGAGCCAACGCCACAACCAGGUCACUGUCAUCGGCAUCAACCAGCUCUUGGAUAGGAGCUACUGCCCGGGAGAUGCCAACAAUGCCCCCGGUUGAUCUUCCAUUUUUCAAAGAUCAACUGCUACACAUUUGACUUCUUGUGAGAUUGCGGAACCUACUACGAACGGCACAUGAAUACUCAUGUGCCGAUCGACAAGGAUACAUGUUUCAUGAAUGAGGUUAAGUUUUCAUUGAGCUGCUGUGUAUGUUGCGGUUGCAUUAGACUGUGAAGUCAGUCGACUGAGAUCCCAAAUCUUGGUUUAAAAUGUGUUCAACUGUAAGCUGUGAAUCUUGAGGUUAGAUAAAAGAUACUGUGUGUGGAAAAAGCUCCACUGUGGUACUAUUUUAGGAUAAUUAGAAAGAGAAACAGCAAAAUAAGCUAGCCAAAUGACAUCGCUCUGGCCCAUUGUAUUUGUAGCACAAAGGUCAAAAUUGACCUUGCAAGGUAAUUUUUUAAACCAAGUCCACAGACUAUUUUCAUCGUCAGAAAAAGAGAGAUGUAUGCAUAGAUAGAAACACGACAGCAUGAUACAAAUGCUGUCAACUUAAGAUUGGCAAAACCAACAAACAAAACCAACAUAUUCAUACAACGUUACCGACCAGUUUGACCUAUGAUAUAUUUUUUAUUUUGAUACUAUACUACAUGUUUAACUGUAACAUAGGCUUUUCCUAAUGGUUUAAGUCAAGCUAAAAAGACACCCAUCCAAGUAUGUGUGUGUAUGUGUGUAUGUAUGUAUAUGUAUAUAUA